UAAGUCAAUGCACAGAGGAAGAUAAGCGGAAUCACUAGCAGUGUCUGGGUGAGAUAGUGAAAGCGUCGUCCCCGGGGCUCGGUGAGGCUGGAAAGGCGACUACUGGUGGACAGCUUUCUCCAUGUACCCGCGGAGGUCGCAGAGAAGAAACUCGCCACUUCGUGCUGUGCCCCACAGCCUCAAUGUAGCUUCGUUCCAGUCUGUAGAGCUGCGCCUAUUGUAAAUGAGCGAAGACCUGGAAAUUAUGAGCGAAAACAUCUGGGUGCGGCACACUUUAGAGGAAAAGGUUUCGCUGUGCCGGAGGUGGUUCGCAGUUUUGCCUUUUGUAUUUCCUUGCUGAAUGUAGUGGACAUUUUGGAUUUUUUUAAUGUUGUGUCAUUAAUUUUCAUCAGUUAAGGACCAUUUUUGCUCUUGUCUUCGUCGUCGGUCAGUCUGGCUGUGCCACAAGGCAAUAUUUUUAUGUCUCAAAACUGAGAGGGACAACGUUAAACUUGAGGGCGGCUCGCUGAGGAGAAUGUACGCACUGGGCCAGCUUCGAGUUGCUCUCUAAGUAAGGCAAUACUAGCUAGCUGCUAACACUAGCCAGACCCAAUUGAACUGCCGUGAAGCAAACCAGUGAAACCAGCUAAUGCCCACUUCUCAAGGUGUUUGUUGGGUAGUAUCAGCCUGCACAUAAGCUGGAUAUCAUUAAAUGAGACGCUGACCCGACAGUAACUCAGUGCCUCAGGAUGUCCAAGCGGAGCCUGUUUGUUCGUCUGGUACCAUGCCGCUGCUUGCGGGGCGAGGAGGAGAUCGUAACAUCGCUGGACUACUCCCACUGCAGCCUGGAGACUGUUCCUAAGGAGAUCUUUAACUUCGAGAAGACCCUGCAAGAACUCUACCUCGAUGCCAACCAGAUCGAGGAGCUGCCUAAACAACUGUUUAACUGCCAGUUACUCAACCGACUGAGCAUGCCAGAUAACGACCUGACAGUGUUGCCAGCAGCGAUCGCAAACCUCAUCAAUCUCAGGGAGCUUGAUGUCAGCAAAAACAGCAUCCAGGACUUUCCAGAGAACAUCAAGAACUGCAAAGGCCUAGCAAUCGUAGAAGCCAGCGUGAAUCCCAUAUCCAAGCUCCCUGAAGGCUUCACUCAGCUUCUGAGUCUGACGCAGCUCUACCUGAACGAUGCCUUUCUGGAGUUCCUACCAGCCAGCUUCGGCAGGUUGACUAAGCUACAAAUCCUGGAGCUGAGGGAGAAUCAGUUAAAGAUGUUGCCAAAAAGCAUGCAGAAGCUCACACAGCUGGAGAGGUUGGACCUGGGGAGUAAUGAGUUCACUGAAGUGCCUGAGGUGGUGGAGUGGCUGACUGGACUCAAGGAGCUGUGGAUGGAUGGGAACAAACUGACCUUUUUACCUGGGAUGUUGGGGACAUUAAAACAACUGGUGUAUCUAGACGUGUCGAAGAACAACUUGGAGAUGGUGGAUGAACAAAUCCGCGGCUGUGAGAAUCUACAGGACCUCCUGCUCUCCAACAAUGCUCUCACACAGCUGCCAGGCUCCAUCGGCACCCUGAAGAAACUGACGGCACUGAAAGUGGAUGAAAAUCAGCUGAUGUACUUGCCAGAUUCCAUUGGAGGGCUGACAUGCAUUGAUGAGCUGGAUUGCAGUUUCAAUGAGAUUGAAGCGUUGCCAGCCACCAUUGGCCAGUGUGUCAAUAUGCGCACCUUUGCUGCAGAUCACAACUUCCUUGCCCAGCUUCCACCCGAGAUGGGCAACUGGAAGAGGGCAACUGUGCUGUUUCUACAUUCCAACAAGCUGGAGUCUUUGCCCGAGGAGAUGGGCGACAUGCAAAAGCUCAAAGUCGUCAACCUCAGCAACAACAAGUUGAAGAAUCUUCCGUACAGUUUCACCAAACUAACUGAGCUGACUGCAAUGUGGCUGUCUGAAAAUCAGUCAAAACCCCUGAUCCCACUCCAGAAAGAGGAAGAUCCAGAGACUCAGAAAACGGUGCUGACCAACUACAUGUUCCCCCAGCAAAUUAGGAUUGAGGAAUACAUUCCAAACUCUGACUCUGAGAGCUUUAAUCCAACUCUGUGGGAGGAGCAACGCAAGCACCGAGCUCAGGUGGCCUUCGAAUGUGACGAGGACAAAGAUGAGAGAGAAACGCCCCCGAGGGAGGGAAACCUGAAGCGCUACCCUACACCAUACCCAGACGAGCUGAAGAACAUGGUAAAAACAGCCCAGUCGGUGGCUCACAGGCUCAAGGAGGAUGAGUCGAGUGAUGAGUCGAGCAAAGAAGCAAAACCUGUUGAGAGAAACCACAUUGGAGUGCAGGAUGUGGGGGUAAAGGUGAUUGAAGCCCCCUGUCCCAAUGGUGUAGCGUCAAACAUGGAGGCCCAAGUGUCUGCCGACAUGUGUGGCCAAAAUCUCUCUGCACCCGAAGCAAAGGACACUUCUGAGUCAUACAGCUCCCAGAAAAUCCCCCUCAAGUCUUCAGAGGACUCAAUGAUGAACCACGAGGACACACUAGAGGAUUCUGAGGAGCUGUCAGAUGAAGAAGACGAGAUGAAGAUUGCAGAGCUCAGACCCCCUCUUAUUGAGAUUUCCAUCAACCAGCCUAAAGUAGUGACUCUAAGUAAGGAUAAAAAAGAUGAUGGGAAAGAUGCAGAUUCUUUGCUGGAUGACACCGUGGCUAACAGCAACCAGAACAACAGUAACUGCUCGUCUCCAUCACGCAUGUCAGACUCUGUGUCUCUGACCACAGACAGCAGCCAGGACAACUCUUUGUGCACACCUGAGAGAGAGGCAAAGAUGCCUUUCCUACCAAAAAGCCGGCAAGAAGAUGAGAAUAUGAAUCAGCCUAAAGACACCACCCCUCUCCUCCAUAAUGGCAAUGGCUCUGAAACGUCCCUCCAGGCCCUCUUAAAAACCCAGCAGGCACCACCAGAGAAAAUGGGAGACUACGACCUGUCCAUGGAAGCCAGACUGGCCUUCAUUGAGAAGGGAAUAAACAAUGGUAUGGGAGACACGUACACCAAGUGGGACCAGAUUAAUAUGAAUGUGACCAAGCUGCCAACUGACAACAUGGUUCAGCUGGAUGAGUUGGAUAAAGGCAAGAAUGGUUCGUUAGCUCAGGAGGAAGUGGACAGCAAAGAGGGUUACGAUAACAUGGAUCAUUUACAGAAUGGAAAUCGACAGGCAGGUGACUGCAACGAUAGUCUGGGGAAUAAAAGCCUAGGGAUGAGAGGAGAAACAGCUGCUGUGCAUGUGGCCUCGACAGGCGUGACAGCCUGCAGUGACAUGUCUCUAUCUCGCAGCACUGAGGAACUGUCUCCAGAGAAAAGGUGCCAUCCCCCGCAGGUGUUGAAGUCUCACAGCAUCAGCAACAUAGAAACAGGGGCCAUGAGGUUGUACUCCUUUGAUGGAGAUGAUGACUCAGUGGGGACUAGGGUGGCAGGGGCCGGGCCAGGGCCAGGAGCUCAGGGCCAAAGCAUAGUCAGGAGCAAGUCAGCCGGCCAGUUGCUCAAUGAUCAGACUCUCCUGGUCUACCCCAACUCCUCUGCGUCCUCUUCAGACCUGCUGUCCUCUUCUAAGCUUCCUGCCAACACAAGCAGACAUCCAGUCUCCUCCAGCAUGGCCAUGGGAAUCCCUCCUCCUCAGUACAACAUACAAUACACAAACAGUGACAUGUCUAAAGAGGGUCUCUGGGGCCAGAGGACAGCCAUGGCUUCAGAGCAACAAGGCUACCAUCCUGCUCCUCCUCCACACUCACUAGCCAACACCAAUUACUCAAACCGUAAUCAGGCACCUCCUUACCCUCUGCAGCCCCAGCAGAGAGGCCCUGCGAUGGCUUCAAAAGCUUCUGGGGAGAUGUGGGCUAUGGAGAGACUUCAUUCUGCUGCAGGCCAGCCUAGAAGCAGCACCCUCCAGAGGCAAGGCAGCACUAGCUCCACAGCUUCCAUGUCUGACCCAAGGCGUAUGCAGUUGUCCGAAGGAGACUACAUGACAUACAGGGACAUUCACACCCUCGCCAGAGGGCCACUAGCAAUGAGUCACGCCAUGCAGAGGCCCCUCUCAGCUCGCACUUACAGCAUCGAUGUACCCGGAGCUUCCAGGCCACACAGCAGCAGGCCACCGGCCCAUGAGCUUCCAGAACGGACCAUGUCUGUUAGCGAUUUUAAUUACCAGCACAGCAGCCCCAGCAAGAGGCCCAAUACCAGGGUGAAGUCUGAGCACUCACUCCUUGACGGACCAGGACAGAUGCAGGGAGGAAUGGGAGCAGGGAGGGUUCCAGUAGACUGGAGAGACCAGGUGAUGCGGCACAUCGAGGCCAAGAAGAUGGAAAAGAACGCGCUGUCUCGCUCCUAUAAUUCCAAUAACGCUCCGCUGAGCUGGUCUCACUACGGCAGCUGUAGGGAUAUGCAUGCCAGCCAAGGGUCCCUGGUCUUUAGUGUCAGGGACGGACAGCCCUACGGAGCUCUGGGCUUCUGUGAUGAUGUUUUUGGUCCCCAAGGGAUGCAAAACUACACUUUGGACCCUGCCAGAAAAGUGCCUUUGAUGAAUGGUCAGAUGGGUCCUUCGGCUCGUCCUCCGAUGAGCCAGUCGUCCAUGGCACGUCACCCUUCCAGAGAGCAGCUCAUUGAUUACCUGAUGCUCAAAGUCUCCCAGCAGCCCCAGGGGCCUUCACGAAUUCCACUUGAACCCAUCCAACAAGAGAUCCGUGUGAAAGUGGAGAAGAAUCCUGAGCUGGGUUUCAGUAUAUCAGGAGGAAUCGGAGGCCGGGGAAACCCCUUUCGUCCUGAUGACAAUGGUAUAUUUGUAACAAGGGUUCAACCUGAAGGACCAGCAUCAAAAAUUCUUCAGCCUGGGGAUAAAAUCAUCCAGGCAAACGGAUAUAGCUUUGUAAAUAUCGAUCACGGGAACGCAGUGUCCCUUCUGAAGACUUUCCCAAACACUGUGGACUUGAUUAUCGUAAGAGGAAUCCAAGCAUAGACUGAAACUGACCUCAAAUAGAGUGUGACAUAUGGGAGAAGAACUGAAAAGCAUACGUUGACUUGUCAUAUUUUUGUACUCAGAAACUGAUCCAUUGCUACCUAUCGGGACUAUUUAUAGUAGAAAUCAUGGGAGCCUUGAUUAAAUGGGAAACCACUGAAUGUAGUGGAUCAAAGUGAGACAGCAGAAGAACAUCUGCAAGUACGAGUCCUCAAAAGGCCAUCACUGUGG